AUGGAAAAUUGUGAAAGUGGAGAUGUAGGAGAUGAAAGAAGAGAAGAGAUGAAGGUUCCGUUGUUGAAAGAAUAUUCAUCAUCGAAGGAGAUAGAACUGAAAAAUGAUUAUAAUCAAAUUCAUGGCGGUUUACGGAGGAGAGUUUGGAUAGAAUCGAAGAAGUUAUGGCGUAUCGUUGGUCCAACUAUCUUCACACGUAUAGCUUCUUAUUCUUUGAAUAUUAUCACUCAAUCUUUUGCUGGGAGUUUGGGUAACCUUGAGCUUGCUUCAAUUUCACUCUCCAUUACUGUUAUCCUUGGUUUUAACUUCGGCUUAUUGUUAGGAAUGGCGAGUGCAUUAGAGACAUUAUGCGGACAAGCUUACGGAGCUAAACAAUACCGUAUGCUAGGAAUAUACUUGCAACGUUCUUGGGUUGUUUUAUUUCUCUGCGCAAUUUUACUCUUACCGGUAUACAUAUUCACUUCACCGAUUCUUAAACUCUUGGGACAACCAGAUGAUCUAGCUGAACAAUCUGGUCUAGUGACUAUCUGGUUGAUUCCUGUUCAUUUCGCCUUCGCUUUUCAACUCCCAUUACAACGAUACCUUCAGUGCCAACAUAAGACACCAAUUACUGCGUAUGUUUCUUGGUUUGUUCUAGCGUUUCAUAUCUUUGUCAACUGGUUAUUCAUUUACAAACUCGGUUUCGGUAUUAUUGGAGCUGCUGUAACUAUGAAUAUUUCAUGGUGGAUUAUAGUUUUGGUAUUGUGUUGGUAUGUUGUUUGUGGUGGUUGCCCUGAAACUUGGACUGGCUUCUCUACUGAAGCCUUUUCUGGCCUUUGGGAGUUUUUCAAACUCUCCGCCGCUUCUGGUGUCAUGCUAUGUUUGGAGAACUGGUAUUAUAGAAUACUGAUUUUAAUGACUGGGAACUUGAACAAUGCUACAAUUGCAGUCUCAGCUCUAGCAGUCUGCAUGAGCAUAAAUGCAUGGGAGAUGUCAAUUCCGUUUGCUUUCUUCGCUGCAACUGGAGUAAGGGUUGCAAAUGAGCUGGGAGCAGGGAAUGGAAAAGCAGCGAAAUUCGCUUCCAUAGUUUCAGCCAUAACGUCUUUGAUAGUAGGGCUUUGUAUUUGCGUUCUGAUACUAAUUCUUCAUGGGAAGUUGGCGACCAUUUUCACCUCCAGCAAUAUCGUCAUCGAAGAAGUUGAUAAUCUUGCAAUCCUCUUGGCCAUCACAAUUUUCCUCAACAGCAUUCAGCCUGUCCUCUCUGGGAUAGCGGUUGGUUCAGGAUGGCAAGCGUCUGUAGCUUACAUAAACAUUGGCUGUUAUUAUAUAGUUGGACUUCCACUUGGUGCCGUCCUCGGAUGGGUUUUCCAUCUUGGUGUCCAGGGUAUAUGGAGUGGCAUGAUUGGCGGCACUGCUAUUCAAACCUUGAUUUUGCUCAUAAUCACCAUUAGAUGUGAUUGGGAUAUGCAGGCUGAGAAGGCAAGCUUGCGAAUGACUGCUAAAAAGUAACGAUAUUGCAAAUUGAACCAAAAUGGAUUUUGUCGAAAACAGCAGAGAUGCAUCUGAGGUAGACGUGCAUGUAUGUGCAACACUAGAAGGAGCCAAAUAUCCUCGCUUUCCUGGACCCUGUUGAAUUAUCUUACGAGGCUCUCUUUGUUAAUUGUAUUUAAAUCUGUGGAGUAUGUUUAGGCUCUCUAUUUCCAGAUGGAUGGGAUACUCCUUAAAUAUCCAUAAUGAUAGAAAUGUGAAUCCAUAAGUUGGUUUAAUGGUGUAUGUGAACCCCGAAUUUAAAGAGUAUCCCAUCCAUCAUUAAAGAGUACAUCCCACCUAAUUAACACUAAUCCCUG